UAACAAACAGUCCUUCUACCAAUGCCGAUGCGGACGACAGACAGCAGCACAAAAGGACAUCUGGAAACAACCAACAUUUUAGCAUUUGAUGAGAUACCAGCCUUCUCUGCCGGUUGGUGGUAAACGGUUUUGAGAGCACCACCGUCUCUGAUAUUCUGGAAGGAAUAUGGCAAACAACUCCCACAAUAUAGUACAUUCGCACACGGAACCACCGUAUCGACCGUAUCCUUUUUACCAUCACUAACCCUUCUGUUAACCAAGAACACUUAGCUGAUAGGCACACGGAUAUAUGACAGAUUAGCUAUAGUUUACCAGCGAGUUGUUAGUGUGGGUUCAUCGGCAGGCAAUGGAAGUAUUACAAACAGAAGUCUACUGCAGUAGCCGAUAGUAGACGCGAAUAAGCUGGUGGGCCUGUUCCUACGGUUUACGGCGAGUAUUCGUUUGCUUUGGUUACAGCAACUGCCAUUUCCGACCCCUUUUAAUGUCUGAUCAGCAACAGUGAUGAAUGAAUGUAUGUUCAAUGGAUAUGGAAAUCGAAAAUGGAUGUUUCUAGAUUUAAGGAUUGGCAAACGCUAGAGCUAGAGAAGCGGUACCUGCCCCUAAUGCUGAGGAGGCUAGAAAGCGGGAAUUUAGAAGCAGAACUUCAUGCAACAAACUACAGAAUGGUAGAAGAUGGCCUAUUUGUGGUAAUGCACACGCAUGUCCCGCGUGGUAGGGAGAAGAUGAUAGUUUGUCAUGUCACUUCAACGUAAUGUUAGGAUAUAUAAUAAGCAAUUCUGCUAAUCCUAUUUCCAUCAGAACUCAAUAUGUCCGAAUGAGAGAUGAAGGUAGAUAAGGGUAUAAAAUAUCGAUUUAACGAUAUCUUAACUUAUAUAGCAAGAUCGAUGAGUGCAGUUGUUUUGAAGUUGAGCGGCGGGCAAACCACUGGUAGAUGAAACUUUGUAGCUUCUCUCAGCAUCUAGGAGAAUCAUUCAUCGCUUGCGGUGCGUCUGUAUGUUCAAUAAUGUCCCCGUUUCUAUUUUUCUGUCAACUCUGCAUAAUUCGUCGUAUCUUAUUUAAUGAUUCGCAAUUGAUCGCAUGGUAAAAAUAUAUAAUAAAGAAUGUAGAUAUUUUGUAAAAUUGACUUC